GUAGUCCUGCCGCGCUAGCUUUCCCGUAGCUGUGAUGUUAGCCUGUUUGUUUGGACACUCCUAGCUCACGUUACCUAGCCCCAGCGGUGACAGCCUGGCCCCCGGAGGACACCAUGGCUGAGGAGGCUUCGGGAUCUACCCUGUCGACCCACCAUGGCGAGUUGCCGGAGCAGGACAGGGCUGAGCUGCUCCGCCUCAAACAGCAGCUGGAGGCAGAGUUCAACCAGAAGAGGGCCAAGUUCAAGGAGCUGUACCUCUCCAAAGAAGAGGAGCUGAAGAGGCAGACCUUGGCUCUGGAGACCUCUCAGAUGGAGCUAUCAUCGGUGCAGGCGCAGCUAGAGCAGGCACGGGCCGAGAUGGAGACCAUUAAAGCCGUGGCAACAGUGUCGGAGAAUACCAAACAGGAGGCCAUCGACCAGGUCCGCAGCCAGUGGCAGGAGGAGGUGGCAUCUCUGCAAGCCAUCAUGAAGGACACUGUGCGUGAAUACGAGGUGCAGUUCCACCAGCGUCUGGAGCAGGAGCGGAUCCAGUGGAACACAUACAGAGAGACCAUGGAGAGGGAGAUGGGAGACCUGAGGAGGCGCCUCAUAGGGGGGCAGGAGGAGGAGAACCUGGAGGAUGAGAUGAAGAAGGCCCAGGAAGAUGCAGAGAAACUGCGCUCGGUGGUGAUGCCCAUGGAGCAGGAGAUUGCUGCUCUGAAGGCCAAACUGGCCUCAUCUGAGGAGAGGGUCAAGGAGCUGGAGGCCUCAAAGGUGAAGGAGCUGAACCAUGUCCUGGAGGCAGAGAAGUCGUGUCGCACAGAUUUGGAGAUGUAUGUGGCAGUGCUCAACACUCAAAAGUCUGUGCUGCAGGAGGACGCAGAGAAGCUGCGCAGAGAGCUUCAUGAAGUGUGUCAUAAGCUAGAGCUGGAGCGGCAGCAGCACAACCAGCUCAAACAUACGUGGCAGAGGGCCAACGACCAGUUCCUAGAGUCCCAGAGGCUCCUCAUGAGGGACAUGCAGAGGAUCGAGAGCGUGCUGUCCUCAGAGCAGCUGCGCCAGGUGGAGGAGAUGAAGCAGAAGGACCAGGAGGAGGAUGAGAAGCAGAGGCUGAGUCUGGUAAAGGAGCUGCACGAGGAGGACACAGCAGACAUGACGGAGCCCACGGAGGAGCUGUUUUUGAGCGUGGAGGAGUCUCAGGCUAACCACAGUGCACACGGCUCCAUGCACUCUCUGGACACAGACGUGGGAGCGGGGACGCCAGUGGACCCGUACAAGGACAGCCUGAGGAGGGUGCAGUCCACAGAUAGCCUGGGCUCCUCCACCUCACCUCAGCAAGGCCUGGGUGGGCACAACCACAAAGCCAAGUCCGCCAGCCACCUAGAUGAGUCGGACUUUGGCCCUCUGGUGGGGGCGGACGGCGUGGCGGACAGUAGUUUUGGUGAUGCGUCCUCUCUGAACUCCAUCAAACUGACCGCCAGUCAUUUUCUCCUGACCAAAGACCAGGAGAAGGCCAUCAAAGCUAUGACGCCGGAGCAGGAGGAGACGGCCUCCCUGCUCUCCAGUAUCUCCCAGGCCCCUGACACGGCCUACUUGCUCCCUGCAGGCUACAGGCUGGUCAGUGACAGCGAGUGGAACCUACUGCAGCAAGAGUUGAAGAACGCUGGCCGUAAGCUUGGCCGCAGGUGUGAGCUGUGUUCUAACUAUGAGAAGCAGCUCCAGGCCAUUCAGGGACAGGAGGCGGACACGCGCGACCAGGUGAAGAAACUGCAGCAGAUGCUCCGGCAGGCCAACGACCAGCUGGAGAGGACCAUGACAGAGAAACAGAGCCUAGAGGAGUCCAUCAAACUGGGCAAUGAGGAGACCACAGCUAAGGUGGCGGCGCUGACGCAAAGAGUGCAGGAGUCCGAGUCUCUGCUGGGCACACUACAGCAGGCCUUCAACGAGGCUAAGCGAAGCACACAGGAGCAGAUGAGUGUGCUGGUGCAAUCCCGGGAGCAGUUGGUAGAGGAGAUGAGCCGUCUGCACAGAGACAAUGAAAACCUGCAGGGCAAACACCGACUGCACACAGAGCUGCAGCAACAAGAGGACUUCAGCAUGCCCACCUCCAUCAGUGAGCUGCAGAGCCUGGUGGUGCGUCUCCGUGGCGACCUGGUGACCCUCCGCGCCUCAGCAGACCACUUGGAGGAGAAGCUGAAGGCCGAAAUCCUCUUCCUGAAGGAGCAGAUCCAGGCUGAGCAGUGCCUCAAGGACAACCUGGAGGACACUCUGCAGCUGGAGAUUGAAGGCUACAAGGAGGAGAUGGCGUCAUUCUCUAGCAUCAAGACAGAAUUAGAGCGGGUCAAGGCUGAGAAGGAACAGUUGCAGAGCAUUGUGACAGAGAAGACCGAGACACUAGAGCGUGUGCAGAGCCUGAAGAGCAGCCUGGAGCAGCAGAUCUCUGAACUCACCUCAGCUAAGGUCUGCACAAAGCCGCACCCAUGGCACACUGCACCCCACGGCACACUUGCGUGA